AAGUAAACCAUGCUUGUCGGCAGUUUAUCUUAUUAACAGAUGAGGAGGUGAGUUGCGUUUAAGACACAACUUCAUACUAAACAACCCGCAUACUGAACUGGACAGCCGAAUGUAUCACAUCUCCGCCAUGAUCCAAACUGUGUGUGUUCUCGCCCUUGUGGCACUCUCGUUUGUUGAAGGUCAGGGCAACACUGAAUCAAGACCAGCCCAACCGGGGGCAUCACUCGGUGGGGGAGGUGGUGCCGGUGGACUUGUGGUACCAAUGGCAACACCAACUGGCCAGCCAAUCACUGCCAACCAGCCUGCUCUUCUACCUCAGACACAGCCAUAUAGCAUUUUCGACUUGCUCUUUAACGAUUUCAAUUACAACAACAAUUGGGACAAUGGAGCCAGCAACACCAACACAAUGACGACGAAUAACAACUACAACAACAAUGCUAUGAAUAAUGACUUGAUGUUGGCGAUGAUGAUGGGAUUUGAUUUCGGACUUUGAUUUUGUGGACUGCAAAUUUUGCGUUGAACUGUGCAUAUUGUUAACAUUACUGACUCGUAGCCCCAAAUACCAGUAUCUUUGAAUAUCACGAUAUCAGACUGACCAGAUUAUGUGGUCCGCAUGCUGCUAAGCUACACGCCGUAGUUGUCACGACGAUAUUCAAGUGUCCAUAUUUCAUUCAUAUUUUUAUAAUUGUGAUUUUGUUUAUGCUUUUUUUUAAAUAAAUCGUUUGGUAUGUUAAA